CGCAUUGCAUUAUGACGUCACGGCGAUUCAAUGUGACGUAGGAAUCAACGAUCAGCAAAAAAAGAAAUGGUAUUUAGAAGACGCUCUAACCAUCGAUCUCGAUAUUUGAGUCCUUUCUCGGAGAAGUAAAGAGACGCAGUUUUGUUGCAUUUCUUCCAGGUGGAGAUUGUUGCCAGACAUUCUAUCAAACCUUGUAUAGUUUCCACAAAAAUUGACCAACCAUGCCUGGACAACAUAUCGACCGUCCGAAUCCGGAUCCCAUGCCAUCUCACCUUCCGGAUUCCGUGGAGGACUUGCAGGUGAAGCUAGAGCGGAUCAAAUUAGACCAGGAUUCUAGCAAUGCGAUAGCCAAGUUCCGUAGGGCAGCAUGCUAUAUAGCCGCUGGUGAGAUUCUUCGAGGCCAUGAUCGGGCUUGAAUUUCCGAAACUGACCGAUUCACAGCGAUGAUCUUUCUUAAAGACAACACAUUGUUGAAGCGAGCCAUAGAGCCAAAUGAUAUAAAGCCUAGGUUACUCGGUGAGCAUUGACCGCAUGGCCCCUUUGAGGUCGGAUUUUUUCCUUGCUUAUGCUUCUCUCUUUUGUUUUGAAAAGGCCAUUGGGGAACAUGCCCUGGUUUGAUCUUGAUAUAUGCACAUCUGAAUUACCUGAUCAAACAACAAGAUCUUGACAUGGUAUUGGUCGUCGGACCAGGACAUGGAGCCCCUGGUAUUCUUGCUUCCUUAUGGUUAGAAGGCUCUCUGGCGAGAUUCUUCCCACAGUAUAUGCAGAAUGCCGAUGGUCUAAAUGAACUCAUUUCGACAUUCAGCACGCCUGCUGGACUUCCAAGUCAUAUCAAUUCUGAGACGCCCGGUGCGAUUCAUGAAGGGGGAGAGCUGGGAUACGCUUUGGGCGUCUCCUUUGGUGCCGUUAUGGAUAACCCAGACCUGAUUGUGACUUGUAUCGUUGGCGAUGGUGAAGCCGAAACUGGCCCUACAGCCACGAGCUGGCAUGCAAUUAAGUAUAUUGAUCCAGCUGAGUCAGGAGCUGUCCUUCCAAUCCUGCAUGUGAAUGGAUUCAAGAUCAGCGAGCGAACCAUUUUCGGCUGCAUGGACAAAAAGGAACUCGUCACCCUCUUCACAGGAUACGGGUACCAGGUUCGUUUUGUUGAAGACCUUGACGACAUUGACAGCGACCUGCACUGCUCCAUGGCUUGGGCGAUUUCAGAAAUCCGUAGGAUUCAACAGGCAGCUCGUUCUGGGAAUCCGAUCACGAAGCCACGAUGGCCGUUGAUUAUUUUGCGGACACCCAAGGGAUGGUCAGGACCCAAGGAAGUCCAUGGGAAAUUCAUCGAAGGCUCAUACAGCUCGCACCAAGUUCCUCUCCCGAAUGCCAAGAAGGAUAAAGAAGAACUUCAAGCUUUACAGAGCUGGCUAACUUCGUAUAGACCGGAGGAACUGUUUAAUGAAUCCGGCGACGCCAUUGAUGAGAUCAAGUCGAUUAUCCCUCCAGACCCUAAGAAGAUGGGACAACGCCCGGAGACCUAUAAGACCUAUAUACCACCCAAACUGCCAUCUUGGAAAGAAUUUAGUGUAGAGAAGGGCACCGAACAAAGCUCCAUGAAAUUGUCAGGUGGAUUUCUUGACAAGGUGCUGGUUCAGAAUCCGCACAGCGUGCGAAUCUUCUCACCUGACGAGCUGGAGAGUAACAAGUUGGAAGACACGCUGAAACAUACUGGGAGAAAUUGCCAGUGGGAUCAGUACUGCCGCGCUAAAGGAGGCCGGGUCAUUGAGGUGCUCAGUGAGCAUAUGUGCCAGGCGUUCAUGCAGGGGUAUACCUUGACGGGUCGUGUGGCCCUAUUUCCCUCUUAUGAGAGCUUCCUUGGAAUUGUUCACACGAUGAUGGUGCAAUAUGCUAAGUUCCAAAAAAUGGCCCUAGAGACAAAUUGGCACUGCAGCGUAUCCAGUAUCAAUUACAUCGAAACCAGCACAUGGACUCGACAGGAGCACAAUGGGUUCUCACAUCAGAAUCCGUCGUUCAUUGACGCAGUGCUAAAGUUGAAGAAAAACGCAGCGCGAGUAUACCUACCACCUGACGCCAACACGUUCCUAUCAACUCUGCACCACUGUCUGAGAUCCAAGAACCACGUCAACCUAAUGGUAGGCGCGAAACAGCCCACACCGGUUCUGCUAACCGCGGAAGAAGCCGACCAGCACUGCAUGGCAGGAGCAUCAGUCUGGAAAUUCUGCAGCACAGACGACGGCCUUGACCCGGAUGUAGUCCUCGUUGGCAUCGGAGUAGAAGUGACUUUUGAAGUGAUCCACGCGGCAGCAAUUCUGCGACGACUCAUCCCCGAGCUUCGCGUACGGGUCGUUAACGUGACGGAUCUCAUGAUUCUCGACAAAGAGGGCUCCCACCCGCAUGCACUGGGUGAAGAGGCAUUCAACAACCUCUUUACCGAGAAUAGACCCAUCCACUUUAAUUACCAUGGAUACCCAAUCUCGCUGCAGGGACUGCUAUUUGGGCGCCCGAAUCUUGAAAAUGUCACUGUUGAAGGAUAUUCUGAGGAAGGGAGCACGACCACACCCUUUGACAUGAUGCUUGUCAACCGCGUGUCAAGAUUCCAUGUGGCUAUCGCUGCUGUCAAUGGCGCUGCCUUGCGGAAUGAAAGGGUGAGAGUCCGUCACCAGGAACUGAUCACUCGGUUCCAGCAUGAUAUGAUCCAGACGAAGAAGUACAUCAUGGCACACAAGACAGACCCUGAAGAAAUAUCCGCAGCGCCAAGAUUUGACUAGAGAGAGAUGAAGAGGUGGUCGGAUAGAAGCAAAAAGGAGUAGACUAUCUUAAAGAAGAUUUCCAGCUUGUUUGUUGUAUCGGAUGUUAGCAUCUAGUCUGUCCACGUCAGUUUGAACAUCCAAGCAUU